AAGAACAUGGAUUGCUAUCCUGUAAUUACCCUUUUUUUGGAGCCCGAAACACCGCUCGUCUCUUCGGUCUCUCUCUCUGAACUGGAACACCCGUUUCUUCCGCCACCAGUUCCGAAGGCGCGUAUGGUCUACUCUCUUCAACUGUCACUUUCUCUCUCUCUACAUCGUUGUCUCCAUCUUUUCUCUCUGCCCCCAAAACCCUCUCUUUUUGAUAACCCCUAACUGGGGUUUCUCUCUCUCUCCAUCUCUCUACAACAGUGUCUCGAGUUUUUGAAGUCAGUUGAAAAAUCACAAUGAUUGAGAAGACGAAGAAGCACAAGAAGGGUUCAAUCAGCGAAAAUGACAUCUCCACUCUGCUUCAAAGGUAUGAAGCGACGACAGUGCUUACAUUGCUUCAGGAAGUUGCUCAGAUUCAGGAUGUGAAGAUUGAUUGGAAUGCCUUGGUGAAGAAGACUGCAACUGGGAUUUCAAAUGUAAGGGAGUAUCAGAUGCUGUGGCGGCAUUUGGCCUAUCGUGAUACACUGGUCGAGAGAUUGGACGAUGGAGCCGAACCUCUGGAUGAUGAUAGCGAUUUAGAUUAUGAGUUGGAAGUGCUUCCCCCUGUUAGCAGUGAAGCUUCAACAGAGGCUGCAGCAUGUGUGAAGGUGCUGAUCGCUUCUGGUUUACAAAGUGACACCAGUCUUUCAAAUGGGUUAACAGUUGAGGCUCCAUUGACUAUAAAUAUACCGAAUGCCCAGUCAUCCAGAGGUCCUUUAGAAAAUUCGCAACUGCAAGGAACAAAUGUUACAAUUCCAGUUUCCGUUCAAAAACAACCACUGCCUAUGGUGAUGUCUGAAGUAUUGGAUGCAAAUGGAUCAGCAAGUGGCAACCUGCCUCCUCGAAGGAAAAGGAAACCAUGGUCUGCAGCAGAGGAUCUGGAACUGAUUGCUGCUGUGCAGAAAUGCGGUGAAGGGAAUUGGGCAAAUAUCUUGAAAGGAGAUUUCAAGCAUGAUAGAACUGCAUCGCAGCUAUCUCAGAGGUGGACCAUUAUCAGGAAGCGACGGAGCAACGUUAAUGUGGGAGGUGGCUCACAACUUUCAGAGGCUCAGCUGGCAGCUCGCAGGGCUGUUUCCCUAGCUCUCAACAUGCCAAUGGUAGACAGCUUGACGGCAGCUUGUUCAAACGCUGCGACAAAUCUUAACACUGCACCAAGUAACCCAACACGUCCUGUUGCUGUGGAAGCUUCAUCAGUUGGCACACAAUCCCAACAUCUAUCUCGGCAAGACUCCAUCCCUACAACAUCGAAAUCUCGGGUAACCAUAAAGAGACCGUUGACAAAACCCACUCUCAGCCCAGAUGAUAUGGUCAAAGCUGCUGCAGUUGCUGCCGGGGCCCGCAUCGCCACCCCAUCCGAUGCCGCAUCACUGCUUAAAGCUGCACAGGCAAAGAAUGCUGUCCACAUCAUCCCUGGAAACGGUUCUUUAAUUAAAUCACCUAGUGCAGCCAGUACAAAUUCCUUGCCUCCUAAUGUGCACUUCAUUCGUACUGGCCUCACAGCUACACCGACUUCCACAUAUCCUACUUUCUCGACCAAUGCCUCGCGGCCAGGUGGAGCUCAACAAUCACAGAACAAUUCUUCAAAACCUGCCACAGAAUUAAAUCCGUCAGCUGUAGUAACCAAUGCCAUCAUUACAAGUAGCCUAGUAGCCAGUGAGCUCAAGGCUUUUGACGCGCUUAAUUCACUCUCCUGUAAUCCACCUAAAGAACAUGUCAAGGAAGGUCAAGAUGGUGUCUUGUGCAAUGCAGCAAGAGAGCAAGUCCAAGAAGCUCGAGCUAUUGUUUCAGGCGAUGCAUUGGAAGAGAAAGUUAAUGAUAAGUACCUAAAAAAAGAGAAAGUUAAUGAAGUUCAUCAAGCUUCUGUUUCAGGUAAUGCACCAAAAGAGCAAGUUCAAGAUCAAACCGCUUUACCCAGCUCGGAAACAAUCUUAAAAGGUCAAAAUGAUUUGGUUGAGAACUUGAAAUGUUCAUCAAAUUCAAAGAUUACCAGAGAUUGUCAAACGGGUAUUAUCAGUGAAGAUCCAACUAGUGGGAGUGAUAAAGGAGAUGAUGAUAUGAUGAUAGCCAUGCCAAUUGAGGAAGGAAGAGAGAUCCAAGCUGCAGUUGAGAAAACUUGUGAAAAGCAGAGAUUGGAUGCGCAACAAAGCGUCAUGAAAGAAGACUAAAUUUGUGGUAUAAAUGAUUCUUGUUUUUCUUUUUUCUUCUUUUCUUUGUUCAUUUUCCUGCUUUUUGAGUAGACCUCUUCAGUGGUGUAAUUGCUUACCCUAACAGUAGACCUCUUCGGUUGUGUAAUUGCUUACCCUAACAAAGACAAGAUUUGUUGGAUUGCUUGAAAUGUUAUUUGCCGUAUGGAAAAUUAUUAGGUAGUUCCAGAGUACUA